AUGGUAGCAGAACGUGGUACUUCUCACGGAGUCGAAAAACUGCGAGGAGCUGAUAACUGGGGCUUGUGGAAACAUGCUGUCAGGAACAUACUGCGAGCAACUGAAGGUGUGUACGAGAUUUGCAUUGGUGAAUUAAAGAAGCCAGAUGCAUUGGUCGGUGAUAACAUACAAAACGAUCAACAAGCUGCAUAUAAUGCAUCCUUCAAAGAAUGGGACAAAACUGAUCGAAUUGCAUGUGAAAAACUUACUCGUAUGAUUGAGUCGAACAUUGCGGAUUCAGGUGCUACGGAUCAUUUGGCAAGAAACAAGAAUUGUUUCACUACUCUUGAUUAUUUCGAAAUUCCGAUUAAAAUUCAUAUUGAAGACAAAUCAACUAUGGAUGCAGUCGGCAGAGGUAAUAUCGAUUUUGAAGCGUUUGUGGAUGGAAAAUGGUCAUCGUGUGUUAUAAAGAAUAUACUCUACGUGCCAAAAGCUAGAAGAAAUUUAUUUUCAGUUACAUCUGCUUUAGACAAGGAACUCGAAUUCAAGUCGACGAGCACUUCCUAUGACAAAGCUUUCUUCGAAGCUUGCGUCGAGGGCAAACAGAAGAAGAUUUCUUAUAUUUCUCGAAUUCAACGAUCCAAGGAAUCUGGCGCUGUGAUAAAUGCUGAUCUUUGUGGACCAAUGGAAGCUCCGUCUUUUGCACAAAAGAUAUCUGACAUGAUAGCAUUAGUUAAUAAUCAUUAUGGUUUAAAAGUACGGACUUUUCAGUGCGAUGGAGGCAGAGAAUUUGAUAAUCACGAGGUGAAGAAUGUCGUGAGCACAAAUGGCAUUAAAUUCGUUAUUACAAUUCGAUAUUCUCCGGAGCAAAAUGGUAGCGCAGAGCGUUCUAACCAAACUAUCGAUAUACUAGCACGUACUAUAUUAUUGUCGAAAAAUUUGCCAAAGUUUUUGUGGGCUGAAGCAGCUAACACAGCAGUUUAUGUUUUGAAUCGCACUGGAUCAAGUGGAGAAGCUUCUAAGACACCGUUCGAGCUGUUUACUGGAAAAGUUCGAGUGCAUGUUGAUUUUGUACCUGAACAAACAGGUAAAGCUUGGGGUUGUUUUCCUGUCAAAGAUCAACAAGACGACAGUCAACAGUUACAAGCUCUGCAAGCUCCAGAUAAUUCUGCGAUGAAAGCUCAAGGUCAAACUGAAGAUGUUCGUGAGGAUAAGCUCAAACUUCAUGAUUUUUAUGAUGAAAGUAUAGUGAUGAAAGCUUUUAUAAUUCUUUUCUUGAUGAUUCCAAUUACUAAUGAGUCGGUCGGCAACAAAUCGUUGCAAGAAGAAAAUCAAUCUGAGAUGUUUGAGAAAAGAAAGUUACGAGACAAAAAGUACAUUAAAGCUCCUUCAUAUCAACAAAAAGGUAUUGGCUAUGAUGAAACUUUUAGUCCUCUGGUACGGUUUGAUACGAUAAGAGCUUUGUUAAGUGUUGCUGCUAAUGUAAAAUUAGAGUUACAACAAUUAGAUGUUAAGACUGCUAUCUUGAACGGAGUUCUUGACGAAGAAAUUUUCAUGUAG